CUCUGUGACGUAGUAUAACAGCUGGUAAGCAAACAGAAGAAAUGUGUAGGCCUACUGUACUGUGUACGUAGAUGGUUAGUAACUUAGUUGUACGAUCGUCAGGCCACAUCUGUACGGAUAUCCUGAACUGUUAUUUAGCAACUCAGUGACAAGUUGCCUUCUGUUGAGCCAGUAUAAGCUGUGUUGUUUAUGCUGCAUCAUGUGGAAAUUGCACUACCAAGGUGGUUUCCAUACAUUAUCGUUACUUGCCUGUAUCAUUACUUGACUGAGACAGAGUGAUUUCUUCCUGGUUUCUACUGGUUGUCCCAGUGCAUAAGUAAUUUCCAAGUAUUGGCUAUUGGCUGAGAGCAGCACCAUGUCUAGGAAGCAGUCUGCCAAGCCGGUGAGAGGAAACAGGAAGUAUGACUUGGAGAGGAAGCGUGAUGAGCGUGCGGCCCGCCGGGCUCUAGCCAAAGACAGGAAAAACCGCCCGCCAGGGGCGGAUGAGGGCGAGGAGUUUGUCAGCUUCUCCAACCAGCUCCAAGCCCUUGGCCUGAAGCUGAGAGAGGUCCCUGGAGAUGGGAACUGCUUGUUCCGUGCUCUUGGGGACCAACUGGAGGGACACUCGCGAGGUCACCUGCGCCUGCGGCAGGAGACCGUUCAGUACAUGAUGGACCACCGGCAAGACUUUGAACCUUUUGUGGAGGACGAGGUGCCCUUCACCCAACACUUGUCAAAUCUCUCCCAGCCGGGGAUGUUUGCAGGGAACGACGCCAUAGUGUCCUUUGCUCGCAGCCAGCAGGUUAAAGUCGUUAUCCACCAGCUGAAUGCUCCUCUGUGGGAGAUAAAUGGCUCGGAGAAACAGCUUUGUCGAGAACUUCAUAUUGCCUAUCGGUAUGGAGACCAUUAUGACAGUGUGAGGCACAUAGGCGACAACUCUGAAAGCCCAUCUCAUCUACGUAUUGAGAACCUGAAUAAAACCCGGCGGCAGCGUGAGUUUGGAGAUGGCCUGGGCGAGCUGCACACGGGCCCUCCGGCCUCCCCCUCCCCCUCCGAGGACGAGGAUGUGAUCCUCAGCUCUCUCAGGAGCGCCAGUGCCAACGGUCAAGGAGAGAAUCUGUGUCACUCAAGUGCCACCACGCAGCCGCGCCAUGCCGAGUGGCUGGAGCCCGAGCUCAGGAACCAGGGCUGCCCUGCCCACUGUGAGUUGGGGAGUGAGGCGCAGGGCUCCGAGUGUCGCUGCAUGGCCACCGAGAGCAGUGAGAAGAAGGGGUCACCAGAUGGCAGCACUGUGCAGAAAGCCAAGGUGUCUAACAAACAGAGGAAGGAGCAGCAACGUCUGGACAAGAAGAGGAGGCAGGAAGAGCGGCAUCGUCAGAAGGUCCAGCAGGGCAAAGGGUCACAUGACCAGAACCAGAACUUACCUGAGCAGGUCACCCUGGUGCCCGCGCUCAACACUCUAAGCAUCUAAGCCAAUGGCUGAAUGAUUACGAGCGCACUCACGAGGCGUGGAAACAGCUGCUCUGAGACCAGUUCUUUUCUUUUUCUCCUCCCAUGUGGAACCCAUAAAGAACGAGGUGCAGGAAGAUGAUUUCAUGUGUGUGUUGAGGUUGAGGAGUGACCAGUCGCUGCUUCUCUCAGGAGAUCAUGUGUGUAAUUGUGUGUGUGCAUGCGUGUGUGCAUGCGUGUGUGCAUGCGUGUGUGCAUGCGCGUGCGUAUGUGUGAGGGCUAGUGAGAAUGGUGUGAAUUAUUUUUGGUAUUUAGAGUGUAUUCGCCUGGCCUCAUUGCUUUGUGUGGAGCUACAGGCAGGCUAGUGUUGUCUGCAUAAAGUCAGCACUUUAAAAAUCAGAUCUCUUCUCUUUUUUUCCUUCCCGUUUCUUCAAUCAGAGUUUUCUCUGCCUGAUUUCAGCCAAAGAAUCUGCAAGAAUUUAAGAAAUUGAAAGGGAAUUUAAAGAAUGUGUUUGCAUAAUGGUGGUUUCAGAUGGGAACGAUCAAUUAUUUAGAGUAUAUCCCCAGUUAAGCUACGGUCAUGGCUUUUGCCCUACCUCCAGGACUUUUUCAUUGCAUGCUCCAGCGGACAUGCAAGUGCUUAUGGUUUAACUAGCUCAAACCUCAAGGCUUUUCUUCUGUUUGGACUCUUCAGAUGAGUAAUCAUUUCUCUUCUUUGGAAUGACGUACAAUCUGACAAUAAAGAAGAAUGUUGGCAAUACCGAA